AGAGCCGUGCCAAGCAGGCCUGAAUACGACUGAUGCUGAACGUGUUGUCGCGAGCCUAUGGUCCCCGGCCCAACCCGUUGGUCUGUUCUCCUCCCCCAGCUUUUACCUACCUGCCCUCCCCCCUCCCGUGCCCCUGGUCGUCUCCGGCGUAUCCUGCCGCCGCUCCCGGAUUCACCGGCAGGCGGCAGCCACCCGUCUCCUGUCCUCGUCGUGUGUCUGUCACGGUUCACGAUCGACUCCUCCCCCUCCUCAAGCGCCCCGCUGAAGUCGUCCCUCCCGCUUAGCUCGUCGCCGGCAUCACCGGCCUCCUCUCAGCCCGUCGCUGGGGUACACUAGGAGCUAGUGUAAACAGGUCGUUCAAAAGGACAGAAAAGUGUGAGCUAUUUUAAAUGGCUUCAAAGCUCCAGGCCCUUUGGAACCAUCCUGCUGGCCCCAAAACCAUUCAUUUCUGGGCUCCUACAUUUAAAUGGGGUAUCAGCAUCGCCAAUGUUGCAGACUUUGCAAAACCACCUGAAAAGAUAUCCUAUCCUCAGCAAGUUGCUGUGGCUUGCACUGGGAUCAUUUGGUCACGCUACAGCUUGGUUAUCACACCAAAAAACUGGAACCUGUUCAGUGUUAAUGUUGCAAUGGCCAGUACAGGCUUGUAUCAGCUUUCACGCAAAAUAAGGCAAGACUACUUUUCUGAUGAGAAGGAAACCGCCGCGUCGCACGAAGGAUGAUGACGCACUGCAUUGCACGAAGGAUGAUGACGACAAACAAGAAUGAUCGAUUGAGGGGAGGACCAUACAGAUUGGAGUCAGUCCCAAUUCAUUAUGGAUUUUAGAUGUCAUUUUAUCAAAUAUAGGAACCCGUUCCUUACUUCCCUGUUCCCUUUGCAUUCAUGAACGGUGCAAAAUUUCAACCAAGAAGGUAGUAGGAAGGAACCAUAGUAAUAAUCUUCCAUACACAUAAUGCAGAUACAAGAAAUAAUGCUCUAAGCUUUCUCUGUUUCUUUACAUGUUGUUCAAGCCAAUCCACAUUUUGGAACACUUGGUUUUUCGCCGAGCCAACUCUUGCAACACAUCGUGAUGCAUCUC